AUGAACGUGAUAGCGACGAAUGAUAUGGAUGAGAUCUAUGAGGAUCCUGAGUAUGGUGAAAUGGGAGAAUUGGAGAAGUUAUCGACUAAGGUUGAUGAGAGUGAGGACACGGAUGAUACGGCAGCGAGUGUGGAGGCAGCAGUGAAGCAGAAAGAGGAGAUAGUCGCCAUGGAGGCAGCAGCAGUGAAUGGUGGCGAUAGAGAUGGUGUCAACACUUUUGCAGCAGCGAUUGUGGUUGAGGUCGAAGCAGUAAAUGCGAAGUGUGUGGGAGUCGAAGCUGUGAAAGGGGACAUCAUGGUGAAGGGAUCAAAGGUGAAAGCAACUGCAAAGGGGCGAGUGCUUACGAAGGAGGAACACGUUAAGGGGUACGAGACCCGAGAUGUGUUGGGUGUUAAGAUGCCGAGGAGAAGUGAGAAGCUUAAGAAAAUCUCUCAAGGUUUGGAUGUCAAGGCGCUCAACUUCAAGACACGUAAGCAGAGGUUCAAGGUGCAGGAGCUGCAGGGGAGUGUGAAGGUGACGCACCUGUCUGCUGGUUGCUCCACCAUCCCAUUUCCUGCCCACUCCGCACCGUCCCACCCCUCACUCCCCCCUCUCUUCUUCCCUCUCCUCCCCUUCCCCCCUCUUCUAUCCCCCUCAUCUCCCGUCCCCGGUCCCGUGCGCUGGCAGCACGUGCGGGUGAGGGUGGGGGGGAGGCGGUACCGCAACGCAGUGGAGCUGCCGGCAUAUAACCUCACCCUCGUCACCAUCGCCAGUGGCAAGCUCACCCGCCUCGUCAACUCGGUACGCAAGAUGCCUUCUGCUGGAGCCCCACUCACCUGUCCCAUGCGCCUGCUUCUUUAG